AUUAAUGAACCUUUUCUAAAGUUCAAUGUUUAAUUUAAUAAUAAAAUAAUGAAAUUUUAAAACUAAUUAUCAAAAUUAUAGAUUAAACUAAUACUGUGCUCUUUUCCCCUUAAACAUCCCUUAGUUAAGAGUUUUAUUUUCAAAAGCACAUCAAAAGAAAAGACACCAAAUUAGUGUAGUGGACUUCAUUUCUUCACUUCUUUUUCAGCACACAAAAACGAAACAAUAUUAAAAAGGAAAAAACCCCUCCCGAACACACUUACUUCACUUUGUAUUAAGGAUUACAAAACUAAAACAUUUUAUAUAAAAAAACAAAAAUAAAUAAAUUUCUUAAUAUUUCAAAUAAAACUUGAGUUAAAUCAAGUUGAAGAAAGAAAACAAAAAUUUCAAACAGUAAACUUUAUUAUUAAUACAAGUUAAAUGUCACAACAUCAUCAUCAUCAUAAAAAAGACAAAGAUACGCGACAGCGCAAAAAUGUAGAUAAAGAAAACUCUAAUACAAAACAACAACAGCAGCAGCAGCAGCAACAACAAACAAAGACCUCAAACUCAACAACAACAACAAAUUCUUGUACACAGGAAAAACUUAGGAAAACUAAUAACGGUGCAUUGUCAAUAAUGAAUGUUAAACAACAAAUGAAACCAUUGAAUAAACAACAAAAGGAAAAACUUAAAGCCGAACGAGAGGCUUUAGUAUUAUGGAGGCAACCAAUAAAAACAUUGUCAUAUUGUAGCUUAGAAAUAGUGGAACUUGUUAAGACUUUAGUGGGAAAAUUAAUGCAAAGAAAGACUUGGAUUGGGUUAUUUUUAAUUUUAGCUAGUUUUAUAGCUGUUCUAUAUCAACUACCCGGUCGUCAUCAAAUUAUAGUAGAGUUUUUAAAAAAUAACACUUGGUUUGUGGUGUAUUGGACGGGUUUGGGUAUUUUAUCUUCCGUGGGCUUAGGCACUGGUCUACAUACAUUUCUACUGUAUUUGGGGCCUCAUAUAGCUAGUGUUACUUUAGCUGCCUAUGAGUGUAAUUCUUUAAAUUUCCCCAAACCCCCCUAUCCAGAUGACAUCAUUUGUCCAGAGGAACCCUAUGACAAAACAAUUCCCAAUAUUUGGUCUAUUAUGUCUAAGGUACGUUUUGAGGCUUUCCUAUGGGGUGCAGGUACAGCUUUGGGUGAGCUACCACCCUAUUUUAUGGCCAAAGCAGCCCGUUUGUCGGGCUAUGAUCCAGACGAUGCUGAGGAAUUGGCUGAAUUUGAGGCUUUAAAGGCGAAGAAGAAUCAAAAGAAUUUAGGCUUAAUGGAUAGAGGAAAACUGUUUAUGGAGCGUGUGGUCGAACGUAUUGGUUUCUUAGGAAUAUUAGCUUGUGCCAGUAUUCCCAAUCCUUUAUUCGAUUUAGCCGGCAUUACCUGUGGCCAUUUCUUGGUGCCAUUCUGGACUUUCUUUGGGGCCACUUUGAUCGGCAAGGCCAUUAUAAAAAUGCACAUACAAAAAGUCUUUGUGAUUAUAGCCUUUAAUGAAUCGCUAAUUGAAAAGGCCGUAGAUACUUUGGCUGCCAUUCCGGUAAUCGGUAAAAAACUACAAGAACCCUUUAAGGGUUUUCUCAACAAUCAAAAACAACGUUUACAUCGUCAACGUAAUGCCACACCGGCAGAAUCGGGCAAUAUGCUAUCGAAAAUCUUUGAAACCUUUGUUAUUUGUAUGGUCUGCUAUUUUGUAGUGUCCAUAGUUAAUUCUUUGGCUCAAAGUUAUCACAAACGUUUACACAAACACAAGCAUAGUACGCCCAAUACACCCAAUGCCGCCGUCGCCUCCUCUACAAUGUUAACAAGUCCUGUACAGCCAACAGCCACAACUACUAAUAAGAGAACUAAAAAGGCGGCUAGAGAAUAAUUUUGUUUUUUUGAUUGUCUUCUGCCUUUUUUGUAUAUUAAUUUCUUUAAAAUAUGUUUCACUUUUUUUAAAUUUUCCUAUUAGUUUUUUUUUAAUUUAAACACCAGCAAUUAAGCCAACAAACUUUAUUUGUUACUUUUAGCCAAAUAAUUUCUGACUAGAUAAAGUGAAAUGAAGUGUAAGAAAGCGAAAGUUACAGAGAAAGAGAGAGAGCGAGAGAGUGAGAGGAAAACAGUUUUAAGUAGUUGAUUUCUUUAAAUAAUAAUUUAUUUAAAAGACUAGUCUUAUAAUAAAGAAAAUAUAUAAUAAUUUAAUUUAAAUUAAUUAAAACAAAAUAAAACUGAAAAACGCAAUGAUAAUGAAGUUUAAUAAUAAAGUCUAGUUAAUAAA